UCGAGUAUGUGCACGUGCAAAGUUAUUCUGGCGGUAUUCAGUGUUUUGCUACCGUCUGUCGGUGGCAUCGAUUUGGGACAUCCACAGACCACAUUCAGCCUACUUCGUUCCGAGCUGCGUAGCGACCGGCAGCUGCAGCUCACUUACUCCUCUGACACUCUGCAACGAAGAAUGUUGCUUCAGUUGGUGCAAAAUCGUAUUGGGUUUCCUGACAGCUUGAUGAGUGAGCGAUGGAGGAACGACGAGGUCCGGGAACGACGCCUUCUUGCAGACGAGACGUCUUGUUUGUUCACCGGCGUUGUGACUCAAGAAGAGAAAAAGCCGGCACGCGCUGCAUUCCACGUUUGCAACGGGAUGGUGAGCCCCUAAACAACAUUCUUCUGCAAAUUGAAUGGCCGCCUGUAAUCUGGCUACGUUACAGUUAUUGAGUCACGUGCGAUAUUCUUGAUAGCGUCAUAUUCGCCGUUAGGGUGCAAUUUCAUUCUCGUUGAGCUACCGAGCUAAUGUAACUAGUAAUUCGCGGAGGCUACCCUGCCUCUAAUGAACUAAUCCGGCUGAU